AUGGCCAACAAGCCCAGCGUCUUAUUCGUCUGCAUCCAUAAUGCCGGUCGUUCCCAAAUGGCAGCCGGCUACCUCAGACAUCUUGCCGGCGACUCAAUUGAAGUUUGUUCCGCCGGAUCAGCCCCGGUCGACUCCAUCAACCCCGUCGUCGUCGAGGCCAUGCUCGAAGAAGGCAUUGACAUCGGCGACCAAAAGCCAAAAAUUAUAACUACCGAACCGGUUCAAGCCAGCGACGUUGUCAUCACUAUGGGAUGUGGUGACGCCUGUCCAUUCUUCCCUGGAAAGCGCUAUCUCGACUGGAAACUUGAUGACCCUGCCGGCGAAGGGUUAGAUGCUGUGCGGAGUAUCUGUCGGAAGAUUCGUCAGCACAUCGAGGGUCUUAUUGUUGAGCUCCGGUCUUCGAGCUGA